CUUGAAUCAUCGCCGUAAAAUAAAAAUAAACUUUUUCUCGCCUCUCUCUCUUUGUCUAACUCAGUGAAAAGCUAUGAACAAACUCAUCUCUUGUGUGAUCUUUCUCUUCAUUACUCUCUUCCUCUCUUUCUCCCUCUCAUCUCCGUCGUAUCCGACGGUCCACGAUGUUCUCCGAGCAAAAGGUCUCCCCGCGGGACUGUUACCUCAAGAGGUUGAUUCUUAUAUACUUCACAACGACGGUCGUCUCGAGGUUUUCCUAGCGGCGCCGUGUUACGCCAAAUUCGAGACGAACGUGCACUUCGCUGCCGUCGUGAGAGCGAAUCUGAGCUAUGGGAGUCUUAGCGGAGUAGAAGGGCUAUCGCAAAAAGAGCUCUUCUUGUGGCUUCAGGUGAAAGAUAUCGUCGUCGAGAAUCCAAACUCCGGUGUCAUUGUGUUUGAUAUCGGCGUCGCUUAUAAACAGCUUUCGCUCUCUCUCUUUGAAGAGCCUCCCAAGUGUAACCCUUACGGUGUUUUGAAGAGAAAGAUGAGAAGGGAUAGAGGAUUUGAAGCUCAAAUGUGAGAAGUAGAGAGAAGAGACUAGAGCCCGGUUGUCUAUUUGAAAAGUUAUAAUUUGUAAGCUAAUCAGAAAGAUUAGUAUGUUAAUUAUAUGAGUAGAAAGAAUAUAAUUUCAUUUGAGAGUUCUUGUAAAGAUGAGAUUCCCAAUGUUCUAUUCUGUGUUUUUCUUAAAAAGUUUAAAAUUCUAUAUUUCAGUAUCUUUGACCAAACUGAUGAUGUUUUGUUAGUAAUGUCAUGAUUCGACAAUCAGUUACUUAUA